AGGAGCUCUGCAUUUAGAGACACCGAUUCUAACCAAUCAGGCUAAAUACAAUCCGUAGUCCCGGGGCCUUAUCUUCCUAGAUAACCCUCAUUAAUCCAGUGAGUUUCUGAGGACAACAAGAAGAAAUGAAUUGUUUCAUUUGUGUCGCUUGAAUGGAAUGCUAAUGAGGAGAGGUGGAGGGAAAAAAAGUUAAUUAUUCAUGCCAGCCGGCUGAGAAGAAGGCAGAUCCUGGCUUCCCCUGUUACCAUUGCAACAAGUGAUUGUGUUGGCCUAGUGAGCGCAAAGCGAGGAAAGCCGUUUGUUACUAAGACAGACAAGAAGAGAUGCCUUCUCAGGAAAGGAAACCUGUCUUCUUGAGCUGCAUCACACAUAGCCAGGUGGACCUAAGAAGAGCCUGCAGCCAAGAAAGAAAGUCCUUCGUAUCUCAGAUUUGCUUCAUGAUUAACCACUCCUCCUGGGGGAAACCGUGUUGCCUUGGAAAAAUAGAAAAUCUGUACAAAGCCAAUGCUUGGAAAGCAAGCACAAUUGCUCAGUGUAACAAAGCAGCAAAGAAAGAGUCAAACUGGACAAAGGACCCUCUUCCAUCAAAAGAUGCAAAAAUGAUUUCGUCUGUAGUCAUUUCGCAGAUUAUUAAUGAGAAUAACUCCAAAGAAAACAAGACCAUCUUCACUAGGCAUUCUGUAAUCACCCAGUCGGGUGCUUAUCAUGUGAAUCAAUCUGUGGCUAAUCAUAGCUCAGUCAACAUUAACAGAGCAUUCAUAUUGCUUCCCAGAAGAUUAGGAAUUCAGAUCUCCUCCGACGACAAUGUGCUUGGAACAGAGAUUGAUAGCAAAGAGGCAAAACGGUAUCAUAACCAGAAGAAGGGUUUUGCUUCCAUCACUAUCACUGCUAGACGAGUUAUUCCACCACGGAACAGGAAAAUAGAGGUGGAUACUUCCCACCCUUCUUGUUUGAAAUGCCAGGAAAGUAAAUCACUAAUGAACACUCUUCUUGCUUCAAAUGAGACUGUCCCACAUCAGCUCGGCAGACCUUUACAUGGUGGUUGUCAAAACCAAAAUGCCACCAAAAUAAAGGUUUCUGAACCUCAUACACAGGUGUGCAAGGGACUUUGUAACAACGAAAACAAAGAGAACAACCAUAACAAAGAAGCACCAAUUUCCUUUACUUCGAGUGUUCACCACAGUGUGUCCCAGCAUAAUCCAAAUGCAAUAUAUUACGUGGACAAGUCUCUCUCAGUGCCUAUUCAUCAGCCUCAGACUAGGAACCCAAAAAUGCAUAGGUCAGUUGCGUCUUUCAGGAUAAAUUGCAGUUCUUCCAGUUUAACACCAGAUGGAGUGAAUGGUUUAGCUAAUGGAAAGAUAAUCACAGAAGUACUUAAGACAAAACUCCCAGAGGAUGCCAAGACACUGCUUGAAGCAAUUUGGAAUGCAGAUCUUGAGGAGGACUACUCAGUUAGACAACAGACUUUGGAAAUUGAAUCCUUAAGGGCUGAACGUCUCCAGAAAGAUACCUCUCCACCUGAGACUCUGUCAGUUGUAGAUACUCCUCGAUGGCUUGAUCCUUCAAGGCCAGUGCAAAGCAAUGAUGGAAAUACAAAUGACAAUCACAUUACACUGCCUCCUCCCUUUCCUGCCUGGGCCUAUGAUGAAGGCGAACAACCAUUCUCAGGAAGUAACAGAAAACAGUGCACAAGAGACACAUACCGUAAGGCCACAUCUGCCUCUUUUCUGGAGCAAUCAUCCAAGAAAGAAUGCAUUCUGGAAGGUAGGAUUUCUUCAAAAGACAAACGUCUACCCAAAGGCACGUCAGAGUUCAAAGAGAGUCAGGCCCAAAGUUUUCCAAGACCCAAAAAAUCUAUUUCUGAUUGUGGGUGUCAUAUCAAGGCUUCAUCAGAUACAACACUGAAUGAAAAUGCUAAGCUCAGGACAGAUCCAUUCCCCAAAGGUGAUUACCAAUUCUAUGGCACAGCUAUCAAGUUGAAAGAGCACAAGGAAAAUGAGAAGAACGAGAUGGUUGGAAGGGUAACAACCUCCACGGCUCACAAACCAGAUGUUCCUUGUGAGAAACAUGAAGCCUUCCAGCAGCCAAAGGUCUGCUCUGAGCCUGAGAAAAUUCCUGCAAACCCACUGACUCUUAGGGAGGCUCUGGAAAUUCACAAGCCUCACUUUAUUUCCCGCUCACAAGAACGGCUGAAGAAACUCCAAAACAUGGUACAACAGAGGAAAUCCCAACAGGGUGAUGGCUCAGGAAAGAAACAAGGAGCUAUUCUUUCUCACAAACUUUCCUCCUCUUCCAUUACAAAUAAGAAGAAACAAUAUACAGUUCCUCAUCCUCUCAGUGAUAAUCUGUUUAAGCCAAAAGAACGGUCCAUUUCAGAAAAGGAGAUGCAUAUGCGAUCCAAGAGAAUUUAUAAUACUCUGCCUGAAGUGAAAAAGAAGCAAGAAGAGAAACAGAAACGGGUCAUCUUACAAAGCAAUAGGAUGCGAGUUGAAGUGUUCAAAAAGCAAUUACUGGAUCAGCUUCUUCAAAGAAAUACAGAAUGACUAAAGAUUCCCAGGAACAUCAUUCUUUUGGGGACUUGGAUGUCUUUGAUUAUUAAAAAGCCAUACGCAACUAACACGAUCUUAAUCACACGGAGCCUUUAUUUGUCUUUAACUCCAUAAACAAAGAAGAGAGAUGGAUUUUUCAAAAGAAAAUCCAAUUUAUUCUGGAAAAUAACUGGAUUCUAUUUAAGUAGCCAAGAGCCAUGGAAAUAACAGUUUUAGAAUGGUUUUAUGCAAUUGUUGAAAGCAAAACAGUAUUCAUGCAUUUUUUAAAAAAAAAUUCAGUGAUAAAGCCAGCUUUGAAUCCAUAGAUGUGGGCAUAUGUAAGCAUGUGUCCCAUCCCAAUAAGUAUAUAGUUUCUAUGCAUCCCAUAUACUUAUGACCAUCAAAUAUAAAUUUAGUCCUUUUAAACAGAAGGAAGCAUGAAUUUCACGUUUGCUCUGGUUAGAAACUAACCAAAAUACCAUUUUUGCCUAAUUAUUUCUCCACUAGCUUUAAACUAAUCAUUAACAUAGCUUUGUGACCAAUAUUUUAGACCUCAGAAUGACCAUAUUCCUAUUUUAUAGUAAACCCAAAUAAUAGGGUGAGCUGUUCGUUUGUUUUUUUUAAAAAGUAUUGAAAACUUUUCUAACUAUUCUUCUGAAAAAUCUACUUUGCUAAACUGUAUAAUUUUGCUGGGCGUUAUUUGGAAUGAUAUAUUUACAGCAACAACAUUUAUUUAUUUAUUAUUAUGAUUAUUUGAAUGGCACACAUUUACAUAAUGGUAGUAACCGAGAUAAAUCCUUGUAUAAAGUUGUAAUUUAAAACACCUGUAAUGUUUGCUUCCAAAAUAUUUGAAAUGCUAUUUGUACAUUCAGAAAUAAAGCAGAUUAUACAAAGAAGAAAUAAAAUCUAAGUAGAAUAAAAGACUACGUUUCUGAUGUUUUUGGGGAAAUCAUGUUAAUUUCAAAGCCAUUGUUGCAAAGGAUGAUGAAAUCCA